GUGCGUGCUGGGCGUGUCGUCACUGCGUGCCUUGUGCGACCCGCCGCCAAAUUCAAACAGUCAAAGAAAGAAACACCAGGCGAGGCGGAGGCGGCUGAAACCGAGCGGAGGGACGACUUUCUCCUGUGACUAAUUUAGAGUGGCUCAGUAUGUCAUCUUCGAUCAUGAAUGGGGUCGGUGCAGCUGUGGUGGGCGUGUGGCGGGCACACACCGUCCUGGAUGAGUCUGAUGGGCCGGACGACAGCUCCCCCGAAGCCCCUGACCGUUUCCGCAAGCUUCGCUCGUCGUCCUCGCUCAACUCUCUGCGGAUGUCUUUGCGGAAGAGGCUCCCACUGCGAUCCGUCCAGACCAACUCCCUCCCUGAGAAUCCCACCUGGGAAAGCUUGCAGGCCAAGCCAAAAUCCAGCACCGUCCGUGAAUUCACCCGCAGUGCACGCAACUCCAUUAGUGGAGUGUAUCAGAGGCUGCAGCGGAGCAGAGAGUCUGGGCGUGAGGAGUGUUUGGUAGCAACCCCAGGACGGGUUCGUGAUGAGGAAGAAGGUGCUGUAUCAACCUCUCGCACCCCUAAACGUACACCUGGCCGCCCGGGCACUGUAACCCCGAGACGCACCCCCAGAUCAGCUGUCACACCCAGGCGUACCCCAGGCUCCAGACACAAAUCUGGGAUAAAAGGCACUCCUGAGGCUGACGCUAAUGUGCACAGAGUAAAAACAGGAGGAGGCAGGAGGCAGCUCGUCCGCAUGGCUGCACUACGAAGUCCCUUUGCAUCUCCCAACACACAGAGCCAGAGGAAGUUUGACAAAGACCUGGAACAUGUCUCCACGGGACUCAGGAAACUCAAGCAUCUGUCUAGGGCCUUUGAUGACCUCAUUGGCAAAGAUGACAGGAUCACUGCGGGGCAGCGUUGUGGAGGAGUGGUGAUGAGGAAGUUGGACCCCAGCGGUAAACUCAGCCGCUCCAACCUCACACGCCGAGCCACAAACCUCUCAAACACACUGGGAGGUUGGGCGCACACGGCGGCUCACACUAUCCGCAAACCCAACUGAACCACGUAUCUGUGUGUGCAUGUAAGACAAGGACCUUUGUACCACUUUGGUAUAUUCUUUAUUAUUAAGGUCUGACUGUUACACUUACUUUUUAUCUAUAUGGUCAUGAUACUGUGAAAUUGUUACAUAGCAACUCUUCUUUUCUAGCUGUGCUAUGUAUAUUUAGCAAUUUCCCAGUAAUUGCUGUGUGUUUACACAUCUCAGGGUAGCUGACUGUGGCGUUUUGUCGUACUUGUAGCUGCCAAAGGGAUAUCUUUAUUGUUCUUUAUCUACCUGCCAUAGCUGCUACAACCUUGUUGUAUGUGUUGGUUACUGUUGUUUAAACUAAUAUUGUAGUUUUUACUCACUAUAUGCAUAGCAACUUUAUAUGUUAGUUACUGAAAUUACUGUAUGAGACCAAAAGUGUAUCUGCAUCACUAACACUAAAUGUACCGAUGGGGGUAGGUGUCUUUGCCUCUACUUGCUAUGUAUGCAAUAAUGUUACUGACUAACAUUUGUAACACCUUUUAAAUGUCAUUUGAUUAUGCCAAAUUAUAUGUAUUUUCUAUGAAACGUGACUUUAUUUUUGUAUGAAGCUAUGACAGUAUUGGAACUGUAUUGGGACUCUUUUUUUUCUCUGCUUGUUGGAGGGAGAGGCAGGCACUUGUAAUGGCCUGUGGAUGACUGAUGUACCAACAGUGUAUACAUAAAUCAUCUGGUAAUGAUAUGGGAAAGGUGAAAAAGGCUCAUUUUUUACCUCAUUACCUGAUGAUGAUGAUGAUGAUGACAGUGAGUGUGUGAUAAAGCCAUAUCCAGCAGGUCGUUACAACAUUGACUGUGGAGCAACCUCCUUCAAACAAUUUUACUUUCUCUUUGACAUUUCCCUAUAUUGAUUUUUGGCAUCCUUUUUACCUUAAGUAAUGAGUGAAAGGGACAAAAUGAAUUACAAAUGUGAAGAAAAGAAAUAGCUACACAACAAUAAAACU